AUGUUGGUUGAGGUGGAGGCAUGCCUGGCCAAAGGACCACCUCAGGCUGGUCUCACGAGCCAGGCCGUGUCGGAGGUGGCCCAGGCGGUGGACCUGUGCCUUUCAGGCCCAGAUGAGUGCGGCUCGGGCCAAACCUCACCAAGGCCCUCACUCUUGGAGCCGGAGCAGACUGGGGGAUCCCCACCCCCGGUCCAGGUCGACUUCCCCUCCAUCCAGGAAGGGGCAGACGGAGGCGGCCCUGCCAUUCCGGCUGCUGUUGGCACAGCGCCUGACGCGACGGCUAUGACGUCGACCAAGGACUUCAUCGCUGCAUUCAAGAAGCCGCUCACGAUGCCUGUCUUGUCGUCGCCUCCACGACUACGGCUAACCCGGGUGGCCAGAACGCGGGCGGGGGAGCUGGACGACUCGGAGCUCAUCCCCAAGAGGAGCGCUAGGCUUGCCGCCAAGAGCAGGCAUAGGGAACAGAAGCUGGAGGCUCAGGCGUGGAAGGUGAUGAUGAAACGUCUGGGGCUCGAGGAGGUGGAGACUGAGCUACCUGACAAAACCUCCUUUGAGGAAUUCCAAACCGCCUUCGCCCUCCCCUUGUCAGCGUCGACGCGGGAAGCCAUGCAGGUUCUUUUCCCGGGCAAGAACCAGCAGACAUAG